ACGUCCGUGGGCGGGCGGGCGAGCGGAGCCGCCGCAGAGCCGCCGCCGGGGCCGCGGUUGCGGAGCGCUGCGCCGGCCUCCCGCAAUAUGCCUCCGCUGCCCCCGGGCUGCUCGCCAUGCCGGGCACCUGCGGGCGCCUCUCCGCGCUGCUCCCGGGGCUGGCGGCCGCGCUGCUGCCCGCGCUGCUGGUGCUGAUGAUGGGGCGGCCGCCCCCCGCCGCCGCCGCCACCCGCCCGCAGCAGCAGCGAGCGGCGCUGCCCGGGGGCGCCCCCGCCGCGGCAUCAGGUACCGAACCCUUCCCCGCAUCAGGAUCUGUUUUCACCCUGAAAGUUCAAGUAAAUGACAUCAUCAGCCACCAGUACCUGCCACAAGCCGUGGUAGAGGUAUUUGUUAACUACACCCAGACAAAUUCCACUCUUACUGGGAACAAUGGAGCAGUGUUGGUAAAAGUCCCCUACAAAUUAGGAUUAAGUUUAACUAUUGUCUCAUACAAGGAUGGCUACCUGCUGACACCUUUGCCUUGGAAGACUGCAAGAAUGCCAAUAUACUCAUCCGUGACGCUCUCAUUAUUCCCACAAAGUCAAGCUAAUAUAUGGCUGUUUGAAGAUACUGUCUUAAUUACUGGAAAACUGUCUGAUGCCAAAUCUCAACCGAGUGUUCAGUUUCCAAAAUCUUUAAUGAAGCUUCCAGCAAAUCAUUUUGCAAAUGUUACAGCCUAUCUGACAGUUCCAGAGCAAUUUCUGAAAGUAGACAGCUUUCUCUAUACAACAGGAAUUAUUCUAAAUAAAUCAGGUUUCAAAAGCAUGGAAUUAACUCCUCUUGCUGCCAUAUGUGUAAAUGUUCUUUUGGCUGGGAAAGAACUGAAUGUAAAGGGUCCCAUUCAGGUUACACUUCCUCUUCCCACAACUACUGUAAAAUCAGGAGAUGCUGUACCUGCCUGGACAUUUGAUAUGAAAAUUGGUGCUUGGGUAAACCGUGGGCUAGGAAUGGUGAAGGAAGUGGAUGGCCAGUUAGUAUGGACAUACACUGCCCAGCACUUGGGCUACUGGAUAGCAGCUCCACUGCCUGGAACAAGAGAAUCCAUUAUCAGUGCUGUUUCCAAGGACAUAACAGCCUAUCACACCGUGUUCCUUACGGCCAUACUGGGAGGAACAGUUGUCAUUAUCAUUGGAUUUUUUGCUGUUCUUCUUUGUUACUGCAGGGAUAAAUGUCGUCGGACACAGAAGAAGGAAAAAAACUCAACCAAGCUGGAGGUCAUAAAAAAAGACCAGACAACAUCAACAACUCACAUAAAUCACAUCAGUGCUGUCAAAGGGUCUUUAAAGCUAGAGGAUAAGUCACAGUUAUAUACACCGAAGAUUUCUUCAUACAGCCCUCAAAGGAGGCUGUCCAUAGACACAGAAGAUGGAAAAUCACAAGACAAUUUUAAAAUCUACUCAGAGGAUGCUUCUUAUCAGUCGUCCUGUCAGACUGGUCAGGCAGGAAAUUCAGCCCAUUCAGUGGAGCCUAAUGCUGGAAUGAGGCUUUUACAGCAGCCAAAGCACAGUAACAGUACCAUUUCCCAGGCUCCUAGGGACAUUCCAGACCAAAACAGGUACCUUUCCCUGAAAGAGGAGAUGUAUGGGCUUUCCCAUAUCCCAGAACAUCUAAUGCAUAUUUACAAUCAGCCUAUUGCUAUUCUUCAAACCUCAGACCUUUUCCACUCCCCAGAGCAACUGCAUCCUGCUAAAUCAGCAACUUUGCCAAGGAAAGGGCAGCUGGUGUAUGGCCCCAUGAUGGAACCCAUGAAUCGUGACAGUUACAUGCAAACGCUCCCCAAAAUGCCAGUGCACUCUCAUCCCCAGCCUUCUGCCUGCAGAGAUGAGAGCAGUGCCCUGGAUGGUGAAGAGGGCUUAUCUUCCCAAGCAUCCAACUGGGGCCGGUACACCAACAGCUUACUGGAAUCUGUCUCUGUUCCUGGGACACUGAAUGAAGCAGUUGUAAUGACUCCGUUUUCAUCUGAACUUCAAGGGAUUUCAGAGCAAACCUUGCUGGAGCUCUCUAAAGGAAAACCAUCUCCACAUCCUCGAGCAUGGUUUGUGUCCCUGGAUGGAAAGCCAAUUGCUCAAGUGAGGCAUUCUUUCAUUGAUCUGAAAAAGGGCAAAAAAACUGAGAGUAAUGAUACUAGUCUGGACUCUGGUGUGGACAUGAAUGAGCAUCACCCUAACAGGAAACUGGAGAGAGAGAAAACUUUCAUUAAAAGUAUGCCACAUUCUAAAAUUCUUUACUUGGAAGAUCUGGAUCUGAGUGGCAGUGAAAGUGGGACCACUGUUUGCACUCCAGAGGACCAGGCUGUGAGACACAUUAUGGAAGGAGGGACUGGGCCAGUCUUAGAACAACAUAAUGAGGAAGGUCUAAGGAAAAAAUCUCUACCGGGAAGUCAUGAAUCUGGUAUCCCUUCUGCUAAAAAAAGGGAUAGACCACCUCUCAUGAAAAGAGAUAGCAAAACCAAUAUCUGGAAGAAAAGAGAGGAGAGGCCGCUUAUUCCUAUAAAUUAAAACACAAUGUGCUUUGUGCUGUUGCUCUCCCUGCUGGUUGUUGAUCUCUUGCCUGCUUCUGUAAUUCUGCAGUGUUUGGUUUACAAGGGAAAUGUUGUUUUCUAGUAUCAAGAAAAGUUUCAUUUUUUAACAUACAGAUUGAGUUACCAAACUUCAGCUGGGCAAUUGAUAUUCCAUGUGAAUUGAAAACAGGGAAAUGCUACUAUUAAACUUUUCCACUUCCUAAUUUUACUGGCAGUAUGAGGAAGGCCCACAUUUUACUUAGCCUGUCAUUCUUGGACACACUUUUGGGAAUGCACAGUGAGAAAUGUAGGCACAUGAUUUAAUUUUUUUGUACUUGUUGCUAAUGCAAUGGUAGCCUAGUUAAAGCCAUUCCUAGCCUUGUUCCUAAUCAACAUGACCAUCUGUACAGUAUUUUAUAUGUGAACUUUUCUAGCUAUCUGUUACUACUUCUUUGUAUAAUGUGAAAUGUUUCAUUCGUUGGUCCCACGACACCAGCAGAUGAGCUCUGCUGGAUUUAUCAGCAGAGCUCUAGAGCAUUACUGCCCUCCCUGUGUGCCCAUCCAUGUGCAAUUCCAUACAACACUGGGGGAAGGGUACAAGUGUGGCCGCUGCAGUUCAUGGUCUCCACCAUCUUGAGGUGUUGCCCAUCUGCUUUGUUUAAUUCUGCUUUAUUAUGGCCCAUGGAUCUUGAAGACUGUCAUGGGCUAUGAAGGGUUCAUGUCCAGCAAAAAAGGACUGGUUCUGGUAGCAUUUGGAGCUGCCCCACUCCUGAUCCCAGUGUCUUGUUUUGGCUUCUUUGUCUGUGAAAAUCUUCUCUUCUGUAUGCUGUUGGGCCAGCUGUGCUCCAGAAUAUAGCCUUGAAUCUCUGCCUAUUUCUAAGUGAGAGUUUGGCCCAAGAUGAAGAAGUGUGCAAGAUUAGACAAAUUAUGCCUUGGAAAGAGUUUCUUGAGCAGGAAAUCUUGGCACCGUUGCUUUUUGUUUUAUGUUUAAAACAAUGGGAGAUCAUUUGAGGUUUUUGUGCCUACAUUUUGCCAGCCUGAGCUGCUUUUGUAUAGGUUUGCAGAGGAGUUAAACAGGCUUUAGAAGUUGGGGGGGAGGUUAUGAGCAUGAGACAGCAGAUUGCAAAAAUUUGGUCUAUAAUGCAAUAUAAAUACUAUUUAUGACUCAUCUUAGAGUUAAAUUUACCAAAAGUCAUGAAUGCAUGAAUUGUAACUAAGAUAUGUAUAGAGGAAGGAAAGGCCAUCAGAAUAUUCUUUAAUUUUAAUGUUCAUCUUGUCAAAGUGAUCAUUUCAACUUUGGCUAACAGAAAAAUGGAUGCAUCUCUUAAUGUGCUUCAUAUAGUAAACAGAAUGUAUUUCUGUGGUUUUGAGGCUGUUUCCCUGAUGAAAUAAGUUCCAGCAUUUUGGCUUUGGCAGUUUGAUUAUAAAUCAUUCUAAAAGGCUUUAUAAAUAUUUCCCUUAAAGCUUGGUUAAGGGUCUGUACCAAGACCCAAACAUACAAUGCCUUUAUUUGAAUUGUGAUGUGAAAGAACCUCAGUUUUCUGCCCUGUAGUACACUCAAGAGUUGGGAAGUAUCCUAUGCAGCUGGGCUUCUGGGAAUAUUUACUCAGGAAAUAUUACUGUGAAAUAUGUCUGUUGUGUUGGGAUUGUCAGUUGUUUGGUGCUGUUUCUAGAACAAUAUGGACGGUAACCAGGAUGGUACCAGCGAUGCAUCAGUCCAUACUGAGCAUUUGCUUCAUGAACAAAAUGUUCCUAUUGAGUUCACAAGUAUGAAAGUGCAAAUUAAGUUUGAGAUAGGUGUGUGUGUGUGGUAGGUUGACCUUGGCUGGAUGUCAGGUGCCCAUCAAGCUGCUCUAUUGUUCCCCUUUCCCAGGUGGACAGGGGAGAGAAAAUAAGAUGGAAGACAACUCCUGGAUUGAGAUAAAGCAGUUUGCUAAGGCAAAAGCAAAAGUCUUCGUGUGCACAAAAAGGAAAAAAAUAGGUUUGUUCUCCACUUCUCAUCAGCAAGCAAUGUGUGACUGCUUCCUGGGAAGCAGGGUUUCAACACAUGUAGUAGUAGUUGCUCCAGAAGGCAAACCUAGUAAGUAACAAAUGCCCCCACUUCACCCUCCUUUCCUUAGCUUUUAUGAGCUGAUGUCAGAUGGUAUGGAAUAUCCCUUUGGUUAAUUUGGGUCAGCUGGCUUAGUUGUGUCCCCUGCCAGGAUCUUGUCCACCCCCAGGCUGCUGGUUGGCAGGGAAUGUUGAGAGCACUGAUGCUGUGCCAGCCUUGACCAGCAGUAGCAGCCGAAACACUGGUGUGUUAUCAGCACUUUCCAGCUCCCAAUACAAGGCACAGCACUGGGAAGGCUGCUAUGGGGAAUGGACUCCAGCUCAGCCACACCAAAUAUCUAUGGGCAUCACCAUCACAGCUGGGAAUAUCAACUCCUGUGCCUGGAGCACCUCCUUCCCCUCCUUCAGCACUGACCUUGGUGUCUGUAGAGUUGUUCCUCUUACAUGUUUUCACCCUGCUCUUCUCUGGCCACAAUUAUGUCUGCACAAAAACUUCUUUUCCUUCUCAAAUCUAUUAUCACAGAGGUGUCACCAUCAUUUCUGACUGGCCCAGCCUUGGUCAGCAGCAGCUCUGUCUGGGAGCUGCUGGCAUUGGCUCUGCUGGGCAUCAUGGAAGCUUCUGGCAGCCCCUCACCCAUGUAGAACCCCCCACCAUCAAAACCUGAUCACCCAAACCCAAUACAUAUGGUGGAGUAACUGUGCCUGCAACCCAUGGAGUGCAGAUAUCCACCUGCAGCCUGUGGAGGAUGCCUGAACGAGACUCUGAACCCAUGGGAAAGCUUUGCUGCUGCAAACUCCUGGCAGGACCUGUGGAGACAAGAGGUUUCCUGGUAGUACCUAUGGGGGACUCAUGCUGGAGGCAGGCUGUGCCUGAAGGACAGCACCCUGUGGAAGAGUGAGCCAUGUUCGAGCAGUUUGUGGAGAACUGUUGCCCUUGAGAAGGACUCAACUUGGAGAAGUUUAUGGAGAGCAGCCUCCUGUGGGAGAGCCCUGCGCUGGAGCAGGGGAAGGACUUCUGGCCUUAAGCAGUGGCAGAAACCACACAUGGUGGAACUGACCCGUUCCCGUCUCAGAAACCACACGUGGUGGAACUGACCCGUUCCCAUCUCAGAAACCACACGUGGUGGAACUGACCCGUUCCCAUCUCAGAAACCACACGUGGUGGAACUGACCCGUUCCUGUCUCCCUGUGUCACUGCAGGGAGGAAGUAGAGCUGGGAAGGAGGGUGGGGUGGGGGGAAGGUGUUUCUAAGAUUUAUUUGUCAUUAUCCUGCUCUGGUUUUGUCAAUAAUAAAUUCAGUUAAUAACCCCAAGGUGAGUGAGUCUGUUUUGCCUGUGACAGUAUUGAGUGAGUGAUCUCUCCUUGCCUCAAUUCAGGAACCUUUCAUUGGAUUUUCUCUCCUCUGUCCACUUUGAGGAAGGGAUUGGUAAGAGUGGCUUUGGUGGGUGCCUGGCAUCUAGGCAGGGCCAAACCACUACAGUGUGCAAAUAAGUCUGUAAUUAAAUUGGCCUCAAUAACCUAAAAGGAGUUUAAUUAUGAUUCAUCUAUUUCAGGUGUGAAGAUGGCUUGUCAUAUUAGCAUGCCUUUGGUUCUCUUUCUAGGUAACAGGAAAUUUGUUUUCCAAUACCAAAUAUAUUUUCACUAGAACUUUUUUUUUUUAAUGUACCGUUGUAUUGGAUUUUUAAAUAUGACUUUCUAGGCUCAGAUAUUGACCAUUUCAUCCUUUGCUUUGUUGUAUACAUUAGUAGGAAUCAAUUUGUAUGUGCACAUUUCUUCUGAAAGCUGCCCUCGAGGAUCAAUAUUGCCCUGUUUGCAGAGUUGCAUUGGUUCUGAUAGCUCCCUUUUCAAAAAGAGAUUAUUAGACAUUCUGUUGAACAUAAUAGAAGAUCCCUGACAAGCUAAUGGUUUUGAGGAAUUAACAUUAAGUCCAUAAGUCUUUACUUGAAAUUUUGGUCACUUACAGUAAUAUUUCAGAUUUUUAAAUGCAUUUUUCAUUGUAUAUACUAAAAAGACCUAAUUCCUCAAACUUAUUUGUAUCAUAAAAAAAUACAGACUACUAUAAAUGGCUUUAUUUGCAUGAGUUCAAAGGAAACAAGUUUGGCACUCCAUUGUUCUCUUUCUCUGGCAGACUAGAUAUCCAGUCGUCAAAGAAAAAGGAUUAUAAAUCCAACUCUAAAAUUAUUAUGAUUAUUAUUUAUAUUAAUACAGAAUAUUUCAAAAUAUAUUAUCUCAGUCUUCAUAUUCCAGCAGUAUGUUGGAAUUUAUGCACUGGAAUAACCUGUAUUGCCUGCUAGAGAUUAGAAUUCUUUUUGGUUUUAUAUAAUUUUAAAAAAGAGUUUGACUAUUCUGAGCUCUAAAAAUUUUAAUUCCACAAAACAUUCUACAUGAUGUGUAAUGUAUGGAGAAGACAGAAUGUCACAGUGAAGUGUCACAAACUAAUGGUUUUCUAUAUUUCUCUGUAUGAUUUCAACAUAUGGAUUUUUAGGAACUACUGAAUUUAUUUUUUUAAGAUUUUUUUUUCCUGUUGGCCUUUUGUGGCAUUAACAGACUGUUAAAAUGCUGGUGCCAGAUUUAGGCCUAUACAAAAAUUAGCAAGGAAUUGUGGCACACAGCUCUUGGAAAGGCUGGGGAAACAUUCAGAGGUUUUCACUUCUUUGAAUCUGGAGGUUGCUUACCUUGAGAAUAAGAAGGAGGAAAUGUCUGUGAGCCUCUUCUAAGGAGGGGAAUGAACAGGGAAAAUUGGAAAGGGUACAGCUUCUUUCUGAUGCUGCUUUGCAAACUGAUACAUGUUUGUGCUUUGGUGGAAUAAAUUCCUUCUGAAGAACACAAAUGUUUGCAAGACUUAUGUCUCAGUUCUUCACAAGGCACUUCUUGAACGGUCAGCUUUUGCAAGGAAAGCCUUUAUUUAUGUACAUAUAGUUUUAAGUGCAAGCUCAUUGACAGUAAUUUUUAGAUUGUUACCAAAUGCUAGAUAUUAUAAAUGAAAAAUAAAGGGUGGGAGAAUCACUUAAAAAUCACAUUUGAUUAAGAGGAAAAAAGUCCUUAUAGUGCAAUCAGAAAGUAGAGCUCUGGUAUUACAAACCUGAAAGUAAAAAUUAUGUGUUGAUUAGGGGCAUUACUUACCACCAUAAAGCUGGAGGUGAUGCACCAGAAAUAAUCCAGGAUGUAGGAAUGUUUAGUCGUCUGCUUUGUUUUUAUGCAGUAAUUUGUACCAAAGAGGGUGAAAUGAACGGGCACCAGUAUAAAUUCUUGUUAGUUAAAAAGUGACAAAGUUUCACAACAUUUCUGAUCAAACACUGUGCAAAUGAAAAGGCGGUGCACUACAUCUGUUGUCUAGUGCUUUACAUUAGGAAAAUCUGGAGAUAAAUUAGCCUGCUGAAGUGCCUUUCUGUUUCAUCAAACUUAUUUUAUCAGUGGGACACCUGACUAUCUGAAAAGCACAUUAUGUUUUUAUUUUCUGUUAGCCAAAAUGCCCUCAAUUCAUACAGUUAUAUAGCUUUUAUAAUAUUUUAAGAGGCAGAUCUAGUGUUUUUUAUGUUGGAAUACUGACUUCUGCAUGUUGAUGAUGAUGGUAGUUGUUGUAAAACCUAGUUUUUGUAUUUUAUGUUUGAAAAGAAAUUUUAAAAAUAUAUCUCUAGCAAUCUGAACAGUAGUGUCUUUUAAAAAUGCUCACACGGGAUCUGAUUCAACUUUGUGUGUCAAGUGCAAGCAUCUUGAAGUCACUGGAUUUACAGGUAUGAAACUGACUGGGAUAUUAACUUUAAAAAUGAAAUUAACAUAUGUUUAUAUAUAAACACUAUGAAAAUAAUAGAAGUCCUUUUUUCAGCUGCCAACUUUGCUUGUCAGUGGCAGCAGAAAUUGUAUUGAAUGGGUACAUAAUUCUUAUUUUCUAGAACCAAUUUUUAUCUGAAUUUGGAGCCUAACCUGCAUUGUUUUUAAUAGCUUUUUAUUUUUUUUUAAUUCAGUGGUAUUAUGAAAAUACAGUACUAUGCCUAUGAAGUUAAAGAUGAGCAUUCUUUUAUAGGAAUUUGUACUAAUUUGUGCCACACUUCUAAAAGUAGGUAGCUACAUUUGCAUUAAAGAAUCUAUAUGAAAGGUGGUUUAAAUGACUUGAAUCUGAGCUUUGUUUUCUUUUAAAAGCAGUAUUUAUUUUGUUCUGAAAAAAUAAAAAGCUUCAGUUUUUUUUUAAGACUGGCAGGGCGAAACUGUCAUUUCUUGUCAUGCUAGCACUCUCACCCUGAAAACUGUUUCACCAAAUGAUUUUUUUCAGUCAGUUUUAGGACUUACUGAACAUUCCUAUAUUCCUCCUCCCCAAAAUAUCCUGGUACUUUAUUCCCCAGGUAACUGAUUUAGUUCCUUUGAAGCACUUGUUGCACUUCAGUCCACGUUAGAACAGUGCUAUUUUUACAUGUCACUGUGUAGAAAGGCAGUUUUUAGUGCUCAUUAGAGCAUGUUACUCAUACAAAGCCUGGCUCUGGAUGUUGCAAGGCAGGUGAAAUCAUGGCACUGGCUGUGCUCACCACCUUGAAUUCAGGAGCCUCUUAUUCAACAAACGCUUCGUGACCUCGGCAAUUAUUUUCAAAAACUCUCUAGUAUGGAUAUUGUUUGUGUAAAACAUUCUUGAUAUUCAGCAUCCUGGUUUUAAGUAUUUCUACCUUUUUAUAUUUUGUCAGAGGUGUCUUUUCAUCUCUGUAUUUACUACAGUAUCAGUGUAUCUGUUGCUGAAAAUGUAACUAAGGUUUGUAAAAUGUUACAGCUUAUGCAAUAUAAUAAAAAUUUGAAAAAGUUA